AUGGUCAUUUGGCUCAGCCAUGCCGACGAACAAGUUAACAGAACUUGGUGUAUUGUUGGCCAAGUAUACGCUGCCCGUAGUGGCAAAGAGGCCUUGAAUAGACAACAAAGAGACGGGAUCUACCAGGCACUAGCUUCACAAACAGCCAUAUGCGCCAGGGGAUUGAAACAAUCCUCCACGACGAUGGCAACUGUCCCACUAUUGUGCGCAUCACUACUCGCUGUGACAGAUUUACUUCUGGAUGAUACAGGAGAUCACUGGCGCACACGGAUGGCUUGUAUAAGUGAGUCUGUUGGGGUCAUGGUUAAUGAUGACUUGCAAUUGGCACCCCUUGAUAGGGAACUGAUACGGCUUUUCCAAUUGAAUGAUGUUCUCGGCUCUGUGUCCCGUCAGGAGAAUCCGUUAGGCCCCAAUUUUUCAGAAGCGAUCUUGAAGACACGUUGCACAUCGAAGAGUACAGAGAGCUUCACGUCUUGCACUUUGUAUGAUUACGUCCUUUCCGCCAUGUGGAAAUGGUCCGUUCUGCAGAAAAGGUGUUUAAAGAUUCUAGGUCAAAUAUGCCUCUUUUUGCUGACAAUUGCCUGUAGAAUCAUUCACUGGGUUGGCGAUGUCUCCUACCACCAUGGUGACAAUACCAAUAACGACGACGAUGAUGAUAAUAGCAAGAACCUGAGUCUGGAGGACAAGAUCGAAGGCAUUGAGCUCAUAGACGAGGCCACACGCUUGCAAUCUUUUCUCUUAAGAGUCCUGCUUCUUCCUCCAAGUCCUUCAAAGCCUAACUACCAAUACCUCGACCCCUACUGCCGCUGGAUGUUAGUGAGCAUAUCCCAGGUAAUUCAACACCAAGUCAUGACAGGACUCGAAUGUGAUUUGCCUGUCAUGCCACCGACUUGUCUACAACAGCAGGCUCUUGCUGCCUUAGAUGAUAUUGAGAAAAUAACAACGAACUCGGCAUUAGAUAUUGGAUUUUUUCUCCCCGUAGUAGAUGCGGUCAGUACAGGAAUAGCCUCGGCAGGCGAUCAUGCAAGGCUUUUGCACUUCCUGGAGAAUGUAGAGGCUCGUGGGUAUGGAAUCGCCCGCGAGUAUCGACAGGAGGUACUAGACAAAGCGAAUGACUUCUAA